UGUGAAGUACGGGUACAGUAUUCCACUUAGCCAGAGGGGUAAUUUGGUUCUCAAAUACUGUAUGUUCCUUUUCCCAUGAAGUCAGUGUGAUUGUAAAGUAUUCUUCUUUGGUGUGUGAUUGUACAGUUGACUUUAUAUCAAUCAAAUUCAAACACAUAUAUGCAACUGCACUUAGUUGAUAGCAAAGUAUUGUGGUGUUAAAUGUGUACCUCCUUGAAGGAGAAUUAGACUAAAUAUCUCAAGGAGCUUUGUGGAAAAUCAUCACAAUGGGUCUAGGCACAAGAGGCUCACGCUUUGGAUCAACUGAGGUAAUCCAGAUCCAUCUCUUCCUAGGAUUCUUGGUUAGAUUAAUAUUUAUUGUGUAUGGUGAGCAUCGUGACAAGACAAGCACCCUUAAAUACACAGAUGUUGACUACCAUGUUUUUACUGAUGCUUCACGUGAGAUAGCUGCUGGAGGAUCACCUUUUGAUCGACACACUUAUCGGUACACACCAUUUCUUGCCUGGAUGCUUUUACCAAAUAUUUAUAUUCAUAGUACUUUUGGAAAAUUAAUGUUCUCAUUCUUUGAUUGCAUUGCUUCAAGGCUAAUAUAUGAGGUACUUUUACGUGAUGGACAGAGCAAAUUGGCUGCCCUCAAGUGUUCUUUCAUGUGGUUAUACAACCCUCUGGUGAUUGGGGUAUCUACACGGGGAAGUGCAGAAGCCAUCAUGGCUGUUUUAGUGCUGUUUACACUGUACAUGAUGAAAUUAAGACUUAAUCUUCUUGCUGGUCUUUUCUUAGGGACAUCCAUACACUUCAAACUAUACCCAAUUAUCUACAGUCUUCCACUAUACUUAUCAUUAACCAGUGACUUGCAUCAGGAUUAUUUUUGGACUAGAUUUUUGCCAACCUAUUCCAAAAUGAAACUUGUGAUGGGUACACUCAUCUCAUUUUUUGGUCUUACAGGUAUGGGAUUUGCAAUGUACGGGGAACAAUAUAUUGAGGAAGCUUUCUUGUACCACAUUUCACGGACAGACACCAGACAUAAUUUUUCAAUAUAUUUUUACCUCCUGUACAUUGGUGCAGAUUUUCAUAUUCCAGGGUUAAAUGUUGCCACUUUUGGACCUCAAAUAAUUCUGUUACUUGCUCUUGGAUAUAAAUUCAGCAACCGUGUUGAUGUUCCAUUUGCAAUGUUUACACAAACUGUAGUAUUUGUUACAUUCAACAAGGUAGUAACAUCACAGUAUUUCUUGUGGUAUCUUCUUCUGUUACCUAUUGUGGUGCCACGGCUGAGGGUGACCUGGCAAAAAGCAGUACUCCUGUCUAUGCUGUGGAUUGCAGCUCAAGUGUCAUGGCUUCUUCCAGCAUAUUUACUGGAAUUUCAUUCUAUCAAUGCUUUUGUACCCAUAUGGUUAGAAGGCAUUGCUUUUUUCUGUUGCAAUGUAGGAGUAUUGAUGGCACUUAUCUCAAGCUACACGACACUCCUGCCCAACCAGCAGCAUCAUAGUUCUCGGAAAAAUCGGUAACCUGUUAACUUUUUUUUUAACUCGAACAGUACUUAUGAACUUUGUAAUAAGUUUCAGAUAUAAAGAACAGUUAUCUUGAGCUGCAGAGUUGGAGCACAAAGAAGUAGAGAAAACUUUUUCUUUAUAAAGUUAUGCUCAGUUACCAUCACUGAUGAAUUAUUUUAAGCUUAAUAGUGGUCUUAUUAGUAGGUUACUUUGCAUAUAUUAAACUGUUACAUUAUAAAGAAACCUAAGCAGUAAUUUAUGAAAGUUUGUGCAUCCCAUCCAAUGUAUCCUUAGUGAGAUAGUGCUUAUUUUCAUCUACAGUAUAGUCUCGGUUUACGCGGAUAUUUUAUACGCGGUUGGUCAUUUACGCGGCACCUGUCCAGACGCGCCAAUUAUUAGUUACGCCGUACAUUCCUGAAUUUAUGUGGGAAGCGGCGCGGGCAAACUGCGCGCUAGGUCGCUCUGAUGUCACCGAUGACGUUUCGGACUGUGAUUGGGCCACGUAUCCUUACCACCCACGCAUCCCCUCCGCCGCGAGCUGUGAUUGGUCUAUUUAACCUUGCUUGCCCAGUCAACAAAACAUUACCGAGUUCUUAACCCG